UUGAAAUUCUCCGCUGCAGAUGGAAGUCUCUUUGAUCAUUCUGCGUCUGAAACGCUACAUGUCUGAUCUGGAAUGCAUAGGGCGACCUCGGUUCGGCUUGCACAUCUGUUGUCACGGAAUAUCGGCAGAAAAAGAAGGAUCAUUCUGCACCCAUCACCAUUGAGGUGGAGUAUCUAUCGCAGCCUGAAAUUGAGUACAUGUUGAAAGAGCUUCUGUGGAGCUACCGGCAAUUGUUCCUUCCUGGGGUCGAUUCUGCAGACACAUCUGAGCCUGAAUAUGCCCGCUAUAUGAGAGAAGCGGAACAGGCUUAUUCAGCACUCGAAGCCGCAUUCAAGCAUCGCCGAGAAUUCCGCAAAGAGAUGCUACAGGACAUGUCAGAAGGGGUUUCCGAGAUAAUCUUGAAACGCCUGAUUGAAUGGACUCACGACAUAGCUUGGCCAAGUAGUGGUGAUGCUGGCUUCUGGAAGUCGACAGCAACGACGGCAGACGAAUGUUGCGAGAAAACAAGCAUGUUCAUGCAAGAUAGACAUUGGCCUUUCACUAAAAUCGUUCGCAUUUACAUAAACUCAAAGGUUCUGAAGACCGGCUUAGUUUUGGCCGACUUGCCAGGUUUGCAAGAUACCAACCUAGCAAGGGUACGCGCAACGCAGGAGUAUCUACUCAAGUGCAAUACAGUAUUCCUAGUUACCAACAUAUCGCGCGCAAUCACGGACCAGUCUUUGAAGUCUUCGCUUUACAAGGUUUUGUCCCAGCAUCUUCCAGUGGCUUGGGAAGAAUCGGGCGCAAAGGGGCUGAGAAUUGCGGUUGUCUGUACAAGAUCUGAAGAAAUUAAUAUGAAGGCAGCCCGGAAUGAGUUCUUCGGCUCGAACAAGCCUAUCGCCAAAGCUAUGAUGGAAGGUCUUGAUUAUGACAUGCAACAAGCAAAAAGUACGAACGACGCCGUUCGCAAAAAGAUGGCCAAAUGGAAACAGCAAACGCUUCUUAUGGAAGCGCGAAACAAAUAUGUCACGGAAGGGUUGCAAAAUGCAUAUGCCGAGAAAGUACCUAACCAGAAACUCGAGGUAUUUUGUGUCUCCAAUGUGAUGUACGAAAAAUAUGCACAAAAGGGUAAUGUAGAGCUUGUUCGAGCGAGCUGCAUUCCUGAACUUCGACAAUUUUGUUAUGGGACCACCGCAGACGCACAGUUCCGAGAAGCGUCGCAUUCCCUCCGAUCACUUCUACUCAGUCUCCUCAAUUCUUUGGAGCUUUAUUUGACAAGCGGCAGCACUCUAUCUCAGAAGCAAGAAUAUGGGCUCGACAGUUCCAUCUAUCAAAUACUCGAUGAUGUUGCUGAACAGAUGUGGAACGCUUCUGCAGAACUUCGCAGUGGAUUUGAUUCAUGUUUCAAGGAACAGAUACUUCAACUUCUAGAUAAAAGACGUCCAGAGUGGGAGAAAGUGGCUGCAGGGGAAGGACGCCUAUGGACUACUUGGCACUGGAGCCAGUAUUACGCUUUUUGUCUCCAUAAUGGCCACCACGAAACCCCAAAACGACCGAGAGAAGAUUGGAAUGCCAAGUUGCUGUGGAAGAUGCGUAUGGAACUCGAAUUCCAGUGGGACAUUGUGGAAGAUGAAAUACCUGCAGUAUUUGAAAGCUUGAUAGAUACUGUAAAGAGCGAGCUGGAAUACCUCAAAGAUCAGAUUCAAAACUCCGCACCAUCGGAUACAUGCGAUACACUACUCGAGUCAAUUGAUGCUAGGAUCAGAGGUAUCGAAUAUAGCCUCGAGCUUCUGAAAGAACGGUUUGCCAAAGAAGUCAGACUUAUCCGGAGCCACGCUUCCGAAACAAACUCCAACUCGUUCAUCUUCAAUGAGAUGAUCCCGGGUUACCGCUCUGCUUGUAGCCUCACAGGACCUGGACGAGCUAAGCGCCAGACAGAUAUAGUACAAGGCAGGAUUGAGAACGGAACACUGUUCCCUAACAUAGGUUUUGCGAUUGCAAACAGAAUGGAAUUCUCUUUGAAGGAGAUUGAGAAGGAUGCGAUGGAUAUUUUGCAACAACAAAUCAGUCAAAUUAGGAACGAUCUGGAUCUGGCAAUCGCAUCACAACAGCAAAGCAGGAGUCAAGAGCGUGCCCAGAGAAAGCAAGGUUUUCUCCUUCAACUCAAGGAUUUGAAGGAGCAGCACUUCGCUAUGCUGGAAUCGAUCAUAUCCCUGGCUUAAGUGCGAUCUAAAUAGAAAUUCAGAAUACUGUUUUGUCUAAACAAGCGGUAUCUUUUCUUUUUGUCAGCUCUCGUUGCGCUGCAGAUUUCUCGGGAAUUUAACAUAUUCCAUUUCUAUAUGAUUCACGUAACAGGCCAUAGUGAAGCGCGUUGAGCAUAGGGUUGGGAAAUGGUGUUUCUUCGUUAGUCCUCCGUAAAUAAGCAAC